AUGUUCUACCCCCUGCUCUCAGCCCUGAAGAAGCGUUUCACCAUGGGACUCGCCGCGCACUUCCAGGUCCCCAAACCGGCAAAUCGGCAAAUAGAUGAGACUGAGGGCGCAGCGGCCAUUUCACCUCUAAUUUUCGAGUUUAUCCCGCUGCUCGCCACGAUUUUUGGCGGGAUUAUUGCCGUGAAAUUGGGCCUAUCCAUGUCCGAAGCCGCGUAUUUCAUCCCGAUCCUCGUGGUCUGCUACCCGGCGGCCGACGCGCUGAUGGUGUUAUUUGGGUUUACGGCGUAUCGUAAGCGUUUGCUGAAAAUUAUCGGCUUCCGCCAAUAUUCGUCAGCCGUACACGCGCAAACAGCCUCCGAGAAUUACCGC